AUGACAGAGGGACGACCUUUUACGCUUCGCUGCUGGGACGUGUGUUUACACUAUGAACUUUCAUGCGCGGAGGUUUGGGCUGAAGCGUGCAGGAACACUUUUACUAUGAGCGACUGGUUGUGGUCUGCCGCAGUGCCUUCUAUUAUGGAUGCUACGGCAGCGAUGGCACUUCGUCACGUCACAUGCGAUUAUAUUGCAGCUACACGCGAAGAAAUUGCAGAGUCUUUGCGCACGUUUAAGCAUGAACAAGUCGACACCAACGGGGAUGCUGGGGCUGAGCGAUUGUCGCUGCAAAACUUUUUGCUUUUGUUGGAACCCUUAACGCUUGUGGCAAAUGCGGUGCCGGUUUUGGAGGAAUUCUUCAAUGACGUUCUGCAGCGUGAUAAGCUUUGCGCGCGGUGCGUGAUGGAGUCGAUGGACGCUCGUGCUGGCCUGGAGACGCAGGAGCAGGCUGCCAGAGAAGAUGCUGUGUCAUCGUUUCGUCGUUGGCAACACACGCAAAUGCUACAAGACCGCCUGCGGCAGCAGCGCAUGCAUCUCUCAACGCUGCACGCACUGGAUGAUGGGAAUGUGGCGGAUCGUGUGAAGAUUUCACUGAUGCGACGGGCUGUAAGUGUGGAGGAGGAGCGGCGGCAGCAGCACAUUGCGGCAGAGGCGUCAGAGAUGGAGCGCAUUGUUCGCAUCACUGACACGCUGGAGACUCUCCACGACCAGCUGCACGUUGCAGAGGAGUACGAAGCUCUCGCCUUGGCCCCGCUGCUAAAGGAGCAAUUGGAUCUCAUUACAGACGCCGCUUCAGAACCCUCACGACGGGCUCAUUGGGAGUCUCGGCUGGGCGUGAUGGAGCGGCAACUGGGAAUAUUGGGUCGCUUUGCUGUUGGGCUUUCCCUUGUAAGCGGCGGUAGAUGCAAACACGACGCGAUUCUGCAACAAAUGCAAGACACCUCAUCAGGUUUUGCCGCUAACAAUACUCCAGCUGCAGCGUUACCCGCGACCGGCGACCUGGCGUGGCUCGCUGGCGAUGAUGCUCUGGACCCUGCAGGCAGUUAUUACGCUUCUACCGCGACGGCCGCCACGGAGUCAGGCGCGUCCGUCCCAGACGCCGCUUCUUCGCUGUCAGUGUUGCUUCGGCAAUGCCUCUGCGAUACCUCGUCCUACAAGGCAACAAACGGGGUCUCGACCCAGGGCGGAUGGGAAGUUCCCUCCGCUGAGGACCGCGGCGAAAUGGAGGGAGUCUUGCGCCAGGUGUUUGAUUCAUUGACGCACCUUAAUUAUCUUGCAGUUCCGUUUCUACAGGAAUUUGCAGCGACGCUUGACGGUGUUGUGCUGUUCCCCUCUUUUGAACUUUUUGUGACGGAGUGCGAGAUGAGUGUCAUUGGCUCCAGCAAGCUUGUCUUCUUCAGCCAUUGCUCCCAUCGGCUUGAUGCCAGCAUUGUCACUUACCUCAAGUCUCUGGUGCGAAGUGAGGGGAGCUGGAUGGCGGAGUACGGUAUGUGCUUCGACGACUUCCUCGCCUUCCUUGUGGAUCAAGCCGCCGUCGAGUAUGUGCGGCACGCGUACCUCUUUUCACCGAAGACGCUCCUGACGAGAAUUCUGUUGGAGAUCGUCGUGCCGAAGUGGCUAAACCGGCUUAGUGGGGGAAAGGCUACAUCAUGCACUGCGGUGGUGGCAGCAUCAGCGGUGGUGCCCACGGAUGCAGGGCGAGUAGACUCUGUGAAUCGGGUUGUGGAUUUUGAGGACGGGAACAAGGACGAUUUGUGCCUGCUUUUGGACACCGCCGUGACGUGGCUGGGUAUUGCCGGUCGCUCUCUGCAGGACUUUGCACGGGCGUAUCGCACACAUGUGAUGGACUACGCGUUUGCCAUGAAACCGAAGCCAAACUUCGGGUGA